CACCCCGCCAUAACCUUACAAUUACUGACCUCAAGAACAAUUUGCAAAUAGUCCACGACCCAUCUCUCCCACCAAGCUGAUUCCCUCCUCAGCGUGUGCUGCAUCUUCGCAGACCUUCAGACGCACAUCAGUCCAUCGCUGCUGCCAAAGGUCACAACCUUCUUCCUGAUACCAGGCGGCGAAGAUGGCUCCUACUAUUGAAGAGCUUGACGCGACAGUCCGCGCCUUUUAUGAAGGCAGAGGGGAGUCUGUAAGUACCAACGCACUUGUCAACUCUUCGUUUUCCUAUCAAGCGCACCUACUGACGCGUGAGGUUUAUAGCAAAAAGCUGCUCAAGCUACUCUGAACCAGGUACGAACAUUUGCGACAAGCCCUGCUUAAGCUGCCCAACCCCCGCUAACACGACAUAACAUAAUAGUUCAAGGAGGAUAGCGAUGCCUGGCUGCUGGUGGAUAAGAUAUUACAAGAUGCGACAUAUGCACCCACGAAAUGUUUGUCUCCAGGUCUCCGCUUGUCAAUCAACGCUACUGACAAAUCAACAUAGAUCUGGGAUUGCAAGUACUCGACAACGUUAUCAUGACCCGGUGGAAGGUUCUGCCCAAGGAACAAUGUCAAGGUCGGUAUUACACGAACCCCGCAGUUUUCAAAAACUAACGCGAUUUCUAGGUAUUCGAAACUUCGUCGUCAACUUCAUUAUUCAAUGCUCCGGCUCCGAGGAGACCAUGGCAGCACAACGAACCCUCCUAAACAAGCUCAAUCUCGUUCUCGUUUCUAUCCUCAAGCAGGAAUGGCCUCACAAUUGGCCCACGUUUAUCAACGAAAUCAUAUCUUCCUGCCACACGAGUCUGUCCAUUUGCGAAAACAACAUGGCCAUUCUGCGACUGUUGUCUGAGGAGGUUUUCGACUAUUCGGCGGAGCAAAUGACCUCGACUAAAACAAAGAAUCUCAAGACGACGAUGUGUGCUGAAUUCUCCUCAAUCUUCCAGCUUUGCAACGAAGUUUUGAAUAGUGCCACUCAAUCCAGUCUAAUCAAGGCUACGUUGGAGACCCUCCUUCGCUUCUUCAACUGGAUCCCCCUUGGAUAUAUCUUUGAGACCCCAAUCAUUGACACCUUACGCACACGAUUCCUCGAGAUGCCUGAGUUCCGAAAUAUCACACUGAAGUGCUUGACGGAGAUUGGUGGCCUACAAACCAACCAGAUGAAUAGCUAUGAUGAGAAGCUGGUGCAAAUGUUUACUGAGGUCUUGACCGCCAUUACCAAGAUCAUUCCUUUAACACUCGACCUCAAGUCUACGUAUAGCUCUAGCAACUCUAGGGACCAAGAGUUUAUCCAAAAUCUUGCCCUGUUCCUAACAAAUUUCUUUGGCGUUCAUUUAAAUGUGAGUUACCCUGAGAGUAUAUACAAGCUUGACUAACCACAUUCAACAGCUCAUUGAGAAUCUUCCAAAUCGCGACUUCCUUACCCACGCCCACUUCUACUUAAUUCGAAUCUCCCAAAUCGACGAUCGCGAGAUUUUCAAGAUCUGUUUGGAAUACUGGACCAAGCUAGUUCAGGAAUUGUAUGAGGAGAUGCAAACCCUCCCUAUCAAUGAUCCAAACCCACUUUUGAAUAUGGGUGUUGGUGGUAUAACAAGUCAGGGAGCUCCAAACCCAAGCCUUCUUGCAAACUAUCCUCUUCGAAAACACAAGUACAACGAAGUUCUUUCAAAUCUCAGAAUUGUGAUGAUUGAAAAGAUGGUCCGACCUGAGGAAGUUCUGAUUGUCGAGAACGACGAAGGAGAGAUUGUCAGAGAGUUCGUAAAGGAGAGCGAUACCAUUCAACUAUACAAGACAACUCGCGAGUGCCUCGUAUUCUUGACCCAUCUGGAUGUCGUAGAUACUGAGAACAUUAUGACUGAUAAGCUGGCUCGUCAAGUCGACGGUUCUGAGUGGUCUUGGGCAAAUUGCAACACUCUUUGCUGGGCUAUCGGAUCCAUCUCCCUGGCCAUGAACGAGGAAACCGAAAAGCGAUUUCUCGUUACUGUCAUCAAGGACCUUCUUGGUUUGACAGAAAUGAAGAGAGGAAAGGACAACAAAGCUGUUGUAGCAAGUAACAUUAUGUAUAUCGUUGGCCAAUAUCCUCGAUUCUUGAAGGCACACUGGAAGUUCCUCAAGACGGUUGUCAACAAGCUUUUCGAGUUCAUGCAUGAGUCUCAUGAAGGUGUCCAAGAUAUGGCUUGCGAUACAUUCAUCAAGAUUGCUAGACAAUGCAAGAGACAUUUCGUGGCACUUCAACCCGGUGAAAACGAACCCUUUAUUGAGGAGAUUGUUAGAGGCAUGCGCAAGAUCACCGCCGACCUAUCACCUCAACAAGUCCACACUUUCUACGAAGCUUGCGGGUAUAUGAUUGCUGCACAGCCCCAAAAGAACGCACAAGAGAGACUUAUUACUGAACUUAUGUCUUAUCCAAAUGCUGCCUGGGAUGCUAUGAUUCAGCAAGCCACUGAAAACCCACAGAUUUUGCUUGACGGGGACGCAAUCAAGGUUAUCGGAAAUGUCAUGAAGACUAAUGUGGCUGCUUGCUCUUCUAUUGGGCCCUACUUCUAUCCUCAAGUCGGCCGAAUUUAUAUGGACAUGUUGAAUAUGUACCGUGCCACGAGUCAGAUGAUUUCUGAAGCUGUUGCCCGCGACGGUAAGCUAUUUCCCAAUUAUCGCAAAUCUAUGCUAACAUAUUUAAGGUGAAAUUGCAACCAAGAUGCCCAAUGUUCGAGGCCUGAGAACUAUCAAAAAGGAGAUCUUGAAGCUUAUCGAAACAUACGUUGAGAAGGCCGAUGAUCUCGAGGCGGUCCGAACCAACAUUGUGCCAGCUCUCUUGGAUGCCGUUCUUGUUGAUUACAAUCGCAACGUACCCAACGCGCGAGAUGCCGAGGUCUUGAAGGUCAUGUCUACAAUUAUCACCAAACUUUCUGUACGUUGGACCCCCUAUCGUUCCAAGUACUUAAAAGCACAUACUCUUCUUGUCCAAGCGUUUACAGGUCAUGUGUUUGGAAAUUUACUAAUGUCCAUUGCAGUCACUUAUGGAGGACCACGUUCCUAUCGUUUUGGAGAAUGUCUUCGAAUGUACUCUGGAAAUGAUUAACAAGGAUUUUUCGGAAUUCCCAGAACAUCGUGUCGAGUUUUUCACUCUUCUACGUGCUAUCAACCUCAACUGCUUCCCAGGUAUGUAGCAUCACUUCCCAUUCUAUGUUCUUUUAGCUAAUACAUCUCAGCUCUCCUUAGGCUUGACAACAGACAAUUCAAGUUUGUUAUCGAUUCUUGCAUGUGGGCUAGUAAGCACGACAACCGCGAGGUUGAGUAUGCUGGCCUGAACAUGUGCUACGAGUUGAUCAAAAACAUUGCAGAAUCAGAUCCCACGACAUCGAACGCCUUCUUCCAGCAAUUUUUCGUGACUAUUCUUCAGGACGUCUUCUUCGUUCUUACUGAUACAGAUCACAAAGCCGGCUUCAAGUCUCAGUCAGCGUUAUUGGCACGCAUGUUCUAUUAUAUCCAGCCCGCUGAUGGAUCCGUCCCUAGGAUUCAGGGACCAAUUUACAGUGGAGAUCAAGCACUUCCUGGAACAGCCAACAAGGAAUUCUUAGGCACUUUUGUUGCUACACUCUUGCAAAAUGCUUUCCCAAAUCUGCAACCGUAAGUCAAAUCCCGGGUCCUGAAUCUUAAAGCCACUCACUAACUGGCCCCUACUCAGUGCCCAAAUCAAAUUGUUUGUCGAAGGCUUAUUUACGUUCAACAACGAUGACGCUCGGUUCAGACUUAAUCUUCGUGACUUCCUCAUCCAAUUGAAGGAGUUCUCAGGCGAUAACACAGAGUUGUUUGCUGCCGAAAAGGAGCAACAAGAAAAAGAUGCCAAGGCUGCGGAGCGUGAACGUCUCUCCAAGGUCGGUGGUCUUUUGAAGCCUGCUGAAAUCGCCGAAGACGACGACGAACUGUGACUGGAAGAGGAACUAAGGAACGAAUACGCUAGUGCUCAAGCACAGGAUUUAUCUUCCGAAACGCUUCCUCGGCAGGCAGAUGCUAUUGAACAAAUGGGUGGUUGGGAUAUGUACGAUUUAUGAGCUCAACCAGCCACAACCUUUCACGUGGCCCAUGACAAGGCUUCUGAGGAUUUCUGGAUGACGGGGUUCUCCCCUUUACGCAAUUUCUUUCUGCGAUUUUAUACCACGCUCAGGGGGGUUCAUAAUACCUGAUUUGGAGUUGGGAAGGAUCCGAUUGUUGUUCUUUUCUUUUUCUUUAAAAAUCCUGUCGUGGUCUAGAUUUACAUUUGAGACGAGAUCGUGAAGCGGAAUACCUUGCAUCAGCGAAUACAACAAGGUUGAUGCCUCUUUUUUUCUUUGAUCGGCGGAAAGUUGGGGGAGGCUAGUGACGAAUUGACGGAUUGUACGGAUGGGGCUGAGUGGGCAAAAGAUCAAUGGUAAUGAGA